CACAGCUCCUCACUGGGCACAGAACUCACCUGACCGCCCCCUGGUCUUCGGAGAGCUGGACCUGGACUGACUCUGACCAGCAGCGUCGCCUGACUGCUGUAGAUGAGACUCGCCUCCUGCUGACCAUCUGGAGGAAGUUGUUGUAAUCAUUUAGUGCUUCCUCCAGCCCAGUGCACCAUGGGAUCUGUGGCUGUCUUCGUGUUCCUCGUCUGCCUCAUGACAUCAUCAGUGUGUGCAGGACUGGGCGGGGCCAGCCAAGGUGGCGCUGUGCUGUGCCCUCUGCAGUGUGUGUGUGAGACACGGCCCUGGUACACCCCACAGUCUGUGUAUCAUCAGGCCAGGACGGUCGACUGUAACGAACUCCAUCUGCAGAGAGUACCGGCCAACAUUUCCUCUGACACGCAGGUGCUGCUGCUGCAGAGUAACAACAUCUCCUCCAUCACGACUGAACUGCAGAGUCUGACCAACCUGACGGAGCUGGACCUGUCGCAGAACCACUUCACACAGGUGAGCUCUAUGGGUCUCUCUUCUCUGGGCCGGCUGGUGACUCUGUACCUGGAGGAGAAUCACAUUGAAGAGUUAGAGGACUUCAGUCUGAGGAACCUGUCCAGUCUGGAGGAGCUCUACAUCAACCACAACCACAUCUCGUCCAUCGGACCCCAAGCCUUCACUGGCCUCACCAACUUGCUGCGGCUCCACCUGAACUCCAACCGACUGGUGGCCAUCGACAGCCGCUGGUUCGAGUCCCUGCCGUCCCUGGAGAUCCUGAUGAUUGGGGAGAACCCCAUCCUAGGUCUAGAGGAGAAGAACUUCCUGCCUCUGUCCCGCCUCCACAGCCUGGUGCUUGCUGGGAUGGGGCUGGCCUCCGUCCCCUCUGCCGCCUUUCUGGGCCUUGACUACCUGGAGAGCCUUUCCUUCUAUGAUAACCAGCUCAGGUCUGUUCCCCGGGAUGCCCUGAGCGUGCUCCCUAACCUGAAGUUCCUGGACCUGAACAGGAACCCAAUCAGCCGAAUCCAACAGGGAGAUUUCCAGAACCUUCCGCACCUGGAGGAGCUCAGCCUGAACAACAUGGAGGAGCUGCUGAUGGUGGAGCGAGCAUCUUUCCAGAACCUUCCAGAAAUUGCCAAACUGGAGCUCUGCAACAACCCCCGACUGUCGUACAUCGACCCGCAGGCCUUCAGUGAUCUGUCCUCCCUCCGGACUCUCCUCCUCCAUAAUAACCAGCUCAGCCUCCUCUCUGGAGACCUCCUCUCCUCCCUCCCAUCCCUGGAGGAGGUGUCUCUUCACUCCAACCCCCUGCGAUGUGACUGUCUCUCCUCCUGGGGGCCUCACUUUGGCAACCAAUCUCAUCUCAAGCUGCUGGAGUCGUCCGUCACCCUCUGCUCCUCCCCGCCUCACCUGAUUGGUCGAGAGCUGCAGGAGGUGGUGGCAGUCGGGUGGGGUGGGACCGGCGGGGGCGGGGCCAGCAGCUGCCUGCCUCACAUCUCUCCUCACUCCUUCCCACCGGCCAUGAACGUCAGUGCUGGGCAGCCAAUCACAUUGGAGUGCUGGGCAGAUGCUGAGCCCGCCCCCCAGUUCUACUGGGUGACGCCCACUGGAGACAAGGUGAGUUCGGAGGCAGUGGCUGCACCAAUCAUAUCAGAGGAGGGGCGUGGCCUGAAUAGGAAGAAGAAGAAGCAUCGUGUGUCCGACCCUGGAGCCUUAGUGAUCGAGCACGCCGAGCUGUCAGACGCAGGUGUGUACACCUGUGUUGCGUGGAACGUGGAGGGAGCAGACACAAAGAGUGUCUCAGUGUUCGUGGACUCUCUGGGGUUUGUGGGCUGGUGGUCGGACGGGGGGACCCGGCGGGAUGGUGAGCCCAGCAGAGAGCAGCCCUGGCUGGGCAGCUCGUCCAGCCCUGCAGCCUCUCUGGUGGUGGUGGCUAAGGUGGUUCACGCCCAGUCAGUGGUGCUGGAGUGGAAGUUGUAUCCCAGCGGAGGACCUUUGUCUGUGGGUGAGAACCAGCAGGACGCCCCCCUCCCUCUGCCCCGUUGGACCAGUGCCACUGUGCACAUUGACAACCCUCAGAUCAGCUACACCUCCAAGGUCCCAGUAGAUGUUCAGGAGUAUAACCUGACUCACCUUCUUCCUGCCACAGAGUACCACGUCUGCCUCACCGUCUCCUCCUCCCGCCCCCCCCUCGACUUCCCCUCCUCCUCUCCCAUCUCCUCCCCCACCCCCAUCUCUCCCUCCUCCUCCCCCUCCUCUCCUGUCCACACCUCCUGUCUGAACGUCACCACUAAGGAGGCGGGUUUCUCGGUGGAGCUGGUGGCGUCACGGCGCAGCAGCGUGGCGUUGGCGGCCGUCAUGGGCUCCAUGUUCGCUCUGUCCAUCAUGGCUCUGCUGGUGGUUUACAUGGGCCGCCGCGUGCAGCAGCACAAGUCCUGCGGCCACUCGCUCAAGAAGUACAUGCAGCACGCCACGUCCAUCCCUCUGAACGAGCUGUACCCGCCGCUCAUCACGCUGUGGGAGAGCGAGGCCGAGAAAGACAAAGAUGACAAGGAGGAAGAGGAGGAGAGGGAGGGAGGAGGGAGGGAGGAGGAGGCAGGGGGGAGUCAGAUCGACACCACAAAGACGUACAUGUGGUAGCUGGAGGGGGGGGGGGGGGCAGACAUUUGGGGGUGGGGGGUUAUGGAGGGAUGAGGAAGGAGAGAGGAGAAACUGGAUGGAUGAAAGCACAGAGAGGUCAUGUGACUCAGUGCUGAGCCUGACAGACAAACAGAAGGGUAAAAAUUUCUAUGUGACCAUGAGAAACACACCUGUCUGCUGAGAAGGAGGGGGAGGAGACAGGUGACGGAACGAGAAGACAUCCCGGAGCACGACGUCAGCCCAUUAAUCCAACACCCUGUGUCUCCUGCGUCCUUCACAGUCCUGUCCAUCAUUUUGCAAAUCAUCCCUCACUGUCCAGAGGGACGUCCUCUGACACCCCCCAAGUGAACAGGUAAACAGGUGUUUGUGGUUAAUGGGCUAAAAUAGGAAAAACACCUCUAUGUUUCUGUUUCCUGUCGAUCAGAUGGAAAAUGACAGAAGAGUCUGGUUCUCAAACUGAGGGUCGGGGGCCUGUUAAUGGGCCAUCAGCUGGUUCACACAUUCUUUCUGUUCAGGGCAGGUGAACUGUUGACCUGUGAGUCCAGGUGUUUGCUGCUCUCAGAUUUCGUCUCCUUCCUCUCUUCCUCUUUUCCUUCCUUCUGUCCUUCCUUCUGUCUCCUCCCUGUCAAGCACACUGACUGUAGCUGCACUGUUAAAAAACCGGAUUAUUGUAAUUUAGUUCAUCUGAUGAACACGAAUGCGACGCUGACCCUCAGCACAGCCACGUGGAGCAUUUCACUUCAGACGUUUUAAAGGUCUCGCAUUCAUCGGAAACUUCACACACGUCAGAACUGCUGAAGAAAACAACGUUGAAUUCUGAAA